UUUUAUACUUUUAUACUUACGGACCCUUCUUCUCUUAAUCGUCAGGCCGCUUCUCGACUUAAAUCGGAUUAACCUGCAUGUAGUCCAAGGCAGCAGUAUAACAGCUUUGAUUUAUUUUGAAGCGCCAAACAUUCAAAAUGGAGCGUCCACCCUCUGCUACCACCUCUAAGAUGUCCGUCACUGGAAGACGAGAUUACGGAAUGAAGUUUAUUGCAGAUAUGGACGACCUCGCCGGCAGCACUAUUAACGUCGGUUCGCGUGGGCAGCCGCCUGUAAGCGGAUCUCACGAAUCAGUCAAAUCAUAUGGAGGCACUCCGUAUUGGGAGAGGCCCACUGAAUUUAGGAAUACUAGAAAUGAUGAAGAGGACGUCGAUGAAGGGUGUCAUCCGUUCUGGACGUCAUGGUGGGAUAUGAUUAGGGGAAUAGGGUUAAUUAUGGCUGGCAUGUUGAAAAUUCCUUUUACUAUUGGGCACGGCAUAGCGAAGGCGCUGCAUUUCACCCCGACACUAUAUAACGACACCACUGUUCGGAAGUGGUUUCAAAUCACCGGUUUCCCAUCGGGAAUCGUUGCUGCCGUGCAGGCCCUUUUGUACGGGCUUCUCGAUGGUUGCACAGACUGGUUCGUGUUGCCUUACAUAUGCGCCAGAAAAGAUGGAUUCCUCGGAUUUUUUAAGGGGUUCAUACAAGGACUUGGUAGUAUAGCAUUCAAGAUAUCUGCUGGUGUCAUAGGAUUGGUAUCGCAUCCGUUCUAUGGUAUAUAUAAGGAGGUGGCAAAAUUUAAAGUGGAAUUUAAACGAAUCCCCUUUCAAUCUGGGCGACGAGUCCAGAAAGAGAAAAGCCCCGUGUAGGCGGGUAUAACGCCUUCCAAUUCGAACUUGAGAUGAGCUCUUGCAGUCAAUCGACCGUAAUUACGGGAUAGGAUCACGGAGUAAGCAUAAGUUACUGCUCACGGAGGCGUAUCAAUGAGGCGUUUCAUGGGAUUUAAUGGAGCAUAUCUGCGUACCUAGAUACCUAUAGAUAUACUUGUGACCUGAGUCACAGUGUUUUCUAGAAGUCAUGGCUUGGGUAUUCUGGUUGACGAUUGUGUAAUACUAUCAUGUAACGACCAUCUUUCAAAGAAUACAAGAGAGUAAAUAACCGCAAAGCUGUUCUGCAAUAUAGCUACAAGUUUAUGGUUAAGUCAAAGCACCCUUACAGGGGCCACCCUAAUGAGGGCCACUUUAAAUUUUUAAACCUUCAAAAUAAGUACUUUAACUUUAAUUUAACG